UAUCCUUCCGCAACCAAGUCAAUGGCUUAUCCUUGCGUCAAAAGAAACGUAUUUUCACUUCUUCUACUACUCGUUCUUCUAUCAAUCACCCCUUUGUCUUCAUCUUUGUCUCCGAGUGACAAAGUCACAAAAGACUUACUUUACUACCUCUGCACACAACCGAACAUUGACAGCAGCUUCUGCAUCCCUUGGCUAAACUCUGAUCCAACAACAUUCACCCUCGACGUACAAGGUCUUCUCGAUUUGGUCUUCCAAAAGACGCAAUUGUUGGGCUAUAAGAGCCUAGCGGCGAUAAAAGGCUCAGUGAGAACCAUGCCUGGUUCGACGCUCAAGAUCCCAUUUGAGACUUGCGUGAAAGAUUAUGAAUCAGCCAUUAAAUCGAUCGAGGAAGCUCAAGGGUUUGUGACCUCUAAGGCGUACCCGUUAGCAUCUCAAGGGGCUGCUAAAGCCUUCAUUAGUAUAUCAGUGUGUGAAGCUCAGUUUGAAGGACGGGCUGACGUGCCGGAUUAUGUAGUGAAACUCAAUGUGUUUUUUAAAAGAAUGUGUAACAUUGAUAGGGUUUUCUCCAACGCUUUGACUUCUUGAUUCCUUGCAUCUUUCACCUACAAGAUGGCAGAAACUAUUAAAUGUCAUUCACUCUGUUGUAGUAACUUAAAAACCAAUAAAUGAAUAAAUUCUUA